AUGCAACUUGGUCAAAUCCAGUGUUGGUUGGAUGCCACUGAAGUAAAGAACGACGACGACGACAACGCCACUAAGAAAAAUCAGCCAAACGACCGCGACAAUUGCGACAACAGCGAUCACGCAGUUAAGCGACGACGACUCAACCCAAACACGCCGCCUUCCUCUAGCCCCAAAAAUCCCAACUACAAUCAAAUAGCUUCGCCGCCCAAGCGACCGCUCGAUGGCGAACCACCUCGACGCCAGAACGUGCAGAUGGGCAUCAUGUCAGAUUUGAGCUCUCCCUCUUUCCCCAGCGCCUCGGAGCAGUCCACUUCAUCAUCACGUCGCACCUCAUCGCCCAAGAAGCACCUGCGUAUACUGGCGCACAAUCCGCGGGGUCUUGACGUGCGCGACAUGUACGAUGUCAAAUACAUCAAAGCCCGGCCGCAGAUACUGCGGAUGCUGCUCCUCGACAUUGAGGCCUUCUCUGACGGCCAGGGGAUAGUAGCCAAGGACGCGCAGGACGCGCUUGCAAAGGCUGCGGACACGGAUGAUAUGUUUACGUGGGCUUUGCGAGCAGGUGCUGUAAACCUCUCCGACAACAAGGAGCUGCUUGGCAGGACUCCGCCGCCCAGCGCGGUUCGCAAGGUCAUGAAGGCGGCGUGCCAGUGCAACACGAGGCGGCACCCAGAAGCCAACUGGAAUCUCGAGGUACAUCAGCGUAUCCUCGACAUGGCGUUCCGCCCACAAAAAGAGACGGACUUCGAGAAUCUUAUUGACUUUAUGGGAUGCACCACCGCAUCCAUCAUACGCGAAUACGGCAACUCAACGCCAUUUAACAAGGUUGACUUUUGCAUAUACGUCGAGCCAGAAAACGACCCCUCAAUAUCCCCAGCUUUCCAGAUAGCAGCUUCUUUUGUACGACGCAUCAUGCCACAGGAAGUGCUCGGCUUCACCGACUUUCCCCCCCUGGACGGUCGCUUUAUAACGCUAAGUAUCGCGACCAUGAAGCCGAGCGACCACUUUGACGCGGCGGAGCUACAGUUAGCCAUCUGGGAUAUGGCGCGCUGGGCUUUUCUGCGGCGUCUGGCGGAGCUACGGUCCGGCCCACCAAACGCAACAGGUGCAGAUGCCAACGACAGACCGGAAGUGAAGCUGCCGGAAUUUUUGCCGGGCAUCAUUGUGCAAGGUCAUGAUUGGUACCUUGUCAUUACAACGAUGGAGGGGGACAAGACGGUCCUCUGGGAGCAUGUGGCUAUCGGUUCCACGAGGAAGCCGAGGGGCGUGUACCAAAUUGUCCGCACGUUGCAGUAUCUGGAGAAGUGGGCAAGGGAAGUACACUGGCCGUGGCUGCGGGAAAUGGUGAAAGGAAUAGCAGAGGUUUACACGGGGCUUCCGCCAGAGAUCCGCGACGAAAUCUGGCAACUGUGCCUCCCGCGGCGCGUCCUGGAGAUCGACUAUCCCGUUCUUGGGCCCGCCUGGUCCGAGUAUGCCACGUGGCAGAACGGCCGCCCGCCCGUGCUGACCCGCGUCUGCCGGGAAGCGAGGCGCGUCGCGCAGAGGCACGGAGGGUUCUACCGCCUGCCCGUGACACCGAGCCCGCUCGCAGAGGCCAGGACCAGGUUCUGGCAUCAGCUGAAGCUGGACUCGGUGCACCUGAACCUGCACACGACCUUUUCGCCCUCGCCCGGCAGCGACGGGCUGACACCGCUUUCACGCGCCCUCGGCAACUGCUGGAACAUGGCCGACUCGUUGUCGUUUACGCGCGAGCUUUUUCACUAUUAUGAGGACCCGGAUCUUGAGAACCUGCACAAGGUGGCAGACUAUGCCACGCUGGCGGCACGCACCGGGGAGUCGUUUCGCGUGGUCUUUGUGGGCAUUUCAAUCCACCUCACCACAGCCCAGGUGACGAGCUCCGGCCUCUUUGGUCACCUGGGCGACGAACUCAUCCAGCGCGUCGAUCUUGAUGCUUUUGACGUACUCAAGAAAUACCACCGUCUCUUUUGCCUGUCCCAGACACAGUUCGAGGAUGACCGCGCCCGUUUUGCUCUGCUGUCGCCGUCGUCUCCAUUUCGAAAGUCGCACCGGAAAUGGAUGCGAAGAGCGCAGAGCAUGCUACUGGCCUCGGCCUGCAAUGGCCCGAUUUCAGCGCAAGAGGCGCCCUAUCUGGACACGUUUUGGAUGCGGGCUUGCUGUGCAGAGCCUUGGGACCGCUAUGUUGAGCCACACGACUUUUUGGGCUCACAACUAUACGCAGCCAUAUCAUCAGGAUGUUUUGUCCCCAACUACGAUAACGCGCUCGUAAAGCGCUGGAUAGCCGGGUUUCCUACACUUGUGCCGACUGUCCUGUUCCGGGCCUGCAUAACUGAUGAAUAA